AUGCCAAUUGAGGGACAAGAGCCGGGAGUAGCUUCGCUCAAGGGCGACGUUAACAUCCCGCUGGAUGUCUACUGUUCUCUCAUAAAGUGUGCUUUGCAUAACUCAAGUUUGGGGUUCCAGUCCCCUCUGAUAAACUCCAGGGCUUCUGCAUGCGAUUACACCAUAAGGUCAACCAUUGACUCGUUGCUCAAAGUUUCCGGAGGAUCUGCAGCCCCUGAGCCAUCGGGAUGUUCCACAGCACAGACUGAACAGCCCAAAGGGGCAAGUCUCCAUAAAGUGCCACCAAUGGCCAAGGGAAGGUUGGAGGGAGGUAUAAAGGACUCCAUUGACCAGGUCAAGACUGACCUCAUGAGCCAUUUCUCGCUCUUUUAUGAUCUGAGAGAACAUUCAAUUGCGGACAGACUAGAGAUUUUAUCGCAAAAGGGGCCAAAAGAAGAAGUUGACAAGGCCCAAGAGAGCUCCAAAGUUUCCAGUGCAUGGAACGAGGAGAACGGACGGACCAUAAAGAGUAGCAUCAUGUCAAUGGUAGACGGGCUUAGGAGUAAACUAGAGGCUACCACGCAAAAGAUUGGCCAUUUGGAAGACGAAUUGGAACGCCAACUCGGAGACCCAAAUUCAAGAGUCUGGGAGAAUGAUGUCAUUUAUGCCAAAGAAUUCAAGGUAGGUUUAUUUUUCACUACACGACCAAAUGGAGUAUAUGGAUGUAUGGUGGAGCUGGUAAAUUUGGAGUCUGUUUUUAGCUCCAGGGUGAAAAGCAUGGAGAAUGGUGGUCAAGAGAUUGCAUGUAGUUACUAUUUGGGGUAG